AUGCCAACAACGAACUCGGCUAGUACCUACUUCCCCAAGACCCCCCACCAACAUGUACGAGCGGCACCUGGCCCAGGAAAGAGGAGUGAUUUACCUCCCACGCCAUUAUCGAACUCUAGUCAUCCUCAACAACCACGCCCACGACCUUCGACGCAUCUGCACGCCCCCACGUCCUUCGGCUCAUUGAACAAAAACUCUAAAUCACUGCAGAAGUCGCGCCUUCCUAUGGAGUGGAUCGACCUCUGUUCGAGUGAAAGCGACGGAGUCGUCGAUCAGUGCGCGUCGCUGCAUCACGCGCGGACCGUCGCAGACCGUCGCAGACCGUCGCAGACAGGCCAUCACGAAAGGAGAACGACCGAACGACGCAAUCCAAGUCGGCCGAAGAGGUGACAUCUGAAGCAGAGGUCGUGAACUAUGAUAUCCACCCUAUCGAAGACGAAGACCAACACUAUGAUGUAGUGGUCGAUGACGAUGACCUUGUUUCGUCGUGCUCGCGGCAGCUUGCGGAAAUGGACGACUCGUCCGACAGUGACUCAUACGAAGACGUCUUGAGCGAGAGCUUUUUGUCGGCCGGAGAAAUGGAGGACAUCCAAGUCCCGUCUACACGAGUAAUGACGAGACCGCCUAUUCAGAAAGAGGGAACCAAAGAGGAGAAAUUGAUCAGGGUGGCGGUGAUGUUUCUGCUGGGGAAGAGCAAAAAGUGAGUCUUGAUCAGUCCGUGCGGAGCUUUGGAACCCUUAGCUGACGUGAGGAAGUAGGUCGAUGCAACGCAGAACGGGAUUAAGCAUCUCCCGUAUCACGAGACUUCUCCAGAUUCCCUCGGUACGCCUUACAAAACCCUUGACGCCUGUUUCUUUUCCAAUGCGAUCCUAAUCUUUCUUCAGAGUGCACAGGCCGGCUCAAUAGCAAGAGGACGUCGACGCCGGAUAUUUGAGGCUGCGCAAGACGUAUUCGAUCGAGAAUGGGAUCAAAAAUACAACAAUUCUCGAUGUUCCCAUUCGAUUGCUGAAGAUUCGAAUGCUUCACCCCGUUCAGCGCCUUCCUCCCCCAAAAUCCGGCCCGGCAAGCCUCCGUUGUCCCGGAGCAUCUUUACUUCUCAUCCCGGCCAGCAAAGCCAAGCCGCUCCGUCACGCCUGGUCGCUUACAGAUAUUCGGACUUGCAGCUCGUGACAUAUUAUCGUACCUGGCUUAUGGGGUUAUCGAAAAUUGAAGCGAGCAGGAGGUCGGGCGUCUUAGCCCAAAGCGCGGCCGCUUUCUUCUGGAACGAGCGCAUGAGCCAGUGGAACAGGGAACGAAGGAGGCGGAUCGUCGCCAUCGCGGAGAAGGAGGCAGCAAAAGCGCAGCGCAAGGGGAGACAGAGGUAA